UGUCAGUGUGACAACUGAUCGGGCGAACGACGCACCACUAACCACCAUGGAAACCAGGAGAAAUAAAGCCAGCUCCCAGGGUCUCUCUUCACUGGAUUGAAAGGCUCAGCCUGCCGCUGACUGAGAGAAAGAGUUCGGGAGAAAGAAGGAAUCCUCGCUGUCGCCUCCCGCCUUCGUUUAUAUUUUAGAAUACAGAGAUAAGCUCGCUUGCUUGUGUGAAUACCUAUAGUACACGUUUGUGUAUACUUUGGUACACACACGUAUGCACCAAUUUCCACCCGGGCAAGAACACAACCAUGUGAUUACUGCAACUAAGGAAUUGAGGAAUCCAGCACGCAGGGACACGGAAGGGGGUGUAGCACUGAAACCGCUUUUGCAGGUUAGCAUCAUGCUGCUAUUCCUGCAAGUACUGAACAAGCAUGGGAUGUGAAUAUUAUACUCCUAAAUAAAUGAAUUGCCUAAUUUCCUGUGACCAUCUAUACAUACUCCAUCUUCAAAAGUUAAAUCCAUAUUCUAUCAUAAAGGAGACAGAAGCCUUUUCUCCAAUAUGCAUGGCAUUUCUGGACAAUGCAACUGUGGCACUGGCACUUAUUUCCAUGAAGAAAAUCUUUGCCGUUCUCUGGCAUUCAUCAUUUGACAAAAGCAACUAUUUUUUUUAUCAAUCAGCUCUUACUGAUCUUACUAACAGUGACCGUGGAAUCCUUAAGGGCCCAUUAAAUUUCUGAAGAAGAAAGCUAAGAUGAAGGACCUGCCACUCCAAAUUCAUGUGCUGCUUGGCCUAGUUAUCACUACCCUAGUGCAAGCUGUAGAUAAAAAAGCAGAUUGCCCACAGUUAUGUACAUGUGAAAUCCGGCCCUGGUUUACACCUCGAUCCAUUUAUAUGGAGGCAUCUACAGUGGAUUGUAAUGAUUUAGGUCUUUCAAAUUUCCCAGCCAGACUGCCUGCUGACACACAGAUUCUGCUACUACAGACUAACAAUAUUGCAAAAAUUGAAUACUCCAUAGACUUUCCAGUAAACCUUACUGGCCUGGACUUAUCUCAAAACAACUUAUCUUCAGUCACCAACAUUAAUGUAAAAAAGAUGCCUCAGCUUCUUUCUGUAUACCUAGAAGAAAACAAACUUACUGAGCUGCCUGAAAAAUGUCUGUCUGGAUUAAGCAACUUACAAGAACUCUAUAUUAAUCACAACUUGCUUUCUACAAUUUCACCAGGAGCCUUUAUUGGCCUACAUAAUCUUCUUCGACUUCAUCUCAAUUCAAACAGAUUGCAGAUGAUCAACAGUAAGUGGUUUGAGGCUCUUCCCAAUCUGGAGAUUCUGAUGAUUGGGGAAAAUCCAAUCAUCAGAAUCAAAGAUAUGAACUUUAAGCCUCUUAUCAAUCUUCGAAGCCUGGUUAUAGCUGGUAUAAACCUCACAGAAAUACCAGAUAACGCCUUGGUUGGACUUGAAAACUUAGAAAGCAUUUCUUUUUAUGACAACAGGCUUAUUAAAGUGCCCAAUGUUGCUCUUCAAAAAGCAGUUAACCUCAAAUUUUUGGAUCUAAAUAAAAAUCCCAUUAACAGAAUACGGAGGGGAGAUUUUAGCAAUAUGCUACACUUAAAAGAGUUGGGAAUAAACAAUAUGCCUGAGCUGAUUUCCAUCGACAGUCUUGCUGUGGAUAACUUGCCAGAUUUAAGAAAAAUAGAAGCUACUAACAACCCCAGGUUGUCUUACAUUCACCCAAAUGCAUUCUUCCGGCUGCCCAAGCUGGAAUCACUUAUGCUCAACAGCAACGCCCUUAGCGCCCUGUACCAGGGUACAGUUGAGUCUCUGCCAAACCUCAAGGAAGUCAGCAUACACAGCAAUCCGAUCAGAUGUGACUGUGUCAUCCGCUGGAUUAAUAUGAACAAAACCAACAUUCGAUUUAUGGAGCCAGAGUCACUGUUCUGUGUGGACCCGCCCGAAUUCCAAGGCCAGAAUGUGCGGCAGGUGCAUUUUAGGGAAAUGAUGGAAAUCUGUCUCCCUCUUAUAGCUCCUGAGAGUUUUCCUUCCAACCUGGAUUUAGAAGCUGGGAGUUAUGUUUCCUUACACUGUAGAGCUACCGCGGAGCCACAGCCUGAAAUCUACUGGAUAACACCUUCUGGUAAAAAACUCUUGCCGAAUACUCUAACAGACAAGUUCUAUGUCCAUUCUGAAGGCACCCUUGACAUAAGUGGCAUCACCCCAGCAGAAGCGGGUAUAUAUACCUGCAUAGCAACUAACCUGGUGGGUGCUGACUUGAAGUCUGUUAUGAUCAAAGUGGAUGGCUCUCUUCCCCAGGAUAACAAUGGGUCCUUGAAUAUUAAAAUAAAAGAUGUUCAGGCUAAUUCAGUUCUGGUGUCUUGGAAAGCAAGUUCUAAAAUUCUCAAAUCCAGUAUUAAGUGGACAGCCUUUGUCAAGGCUGAGAAUUCCCAUGCUGCCCAAAGUGCGCGAAUACCAUCUGAUGUCAAGGUGUAUAAUCUUACUCAUCUGAACCCAGCAACUGAGUAUAAGAUUUGUAUUGAUAUCCCCACCAUCUAUCAAAAAAGCAGAAAACAAUGUGUAAAUGUCACCACAAAAGGUUUGGACCCUGAUCAAAAAGAGUAUGAAAAGAAUAACACCACAACAUUUAUGGCUUGCCUUGGAGGCUCUCUGGGGAUUAUUGGUGUGAUAUGUCUUUUCAGCUUCCUCUCUCAAGAAGUCAACUGUGAUGGUGGGCAUAACUAUGUAAGGAAUUACUCACAGAAACCAACUUUUGAAUUCAAUGAGCUUUAUCCUCCUCUGAUCAACCUCUGGGAAACAGGCAAAGAAAAAGGUACAGCACUGGAAGUAAAAGCAACUGUUAUAGGCGUGCCAACUAACAUGUCCUAAGAACAACCAACUCAAUCUACUUCAAACAAAAAGUCAAAACUGUGGUUGUACUUUUAAAAAAAAAAAGGCAGAGAAAUAUUACUUUGUAGAAAGAAGUUUAAGCUUCACCAGUGCUGCUCCUGACCAUGGACAUAUGUACAAGUUCAGCAUUUUAAUUAACUGGCUUCAAAGGGUACUGUGGCAACCAAAUCAAAUAAAUCCUUUUUCUAGACCUUUCAUGUAACUUUUCUGUCUGGACUACAGUUAAAGUGGACAAAAAACAUUUCUGUAUUUUUUUUAAGUAUAUAAGAGUAGUUGAACUGAGCAAUACCUCCUCCUGUGUUGUAUUACACAUAUUAGCCACGAGUUUUUGCAGUGACCCGAUAAACUUGAAUUGACACGUGGUGUAAUAAAAUGGACAAAUUCUGUAGAGUAGACACAGUGAGUAUGUGGACCUCUUUUAUAAGGAAAAAUACAUUUUGGAUUAAAAUCAGUUGCUUUUGUCUUGUUUUUGUUUCUAAAUAAAGAAUAAUUUCUGGGAAA